GUGCAGUUAUUGGCCGGAACUCUGUGUGCCGCUGUCGGCCAAUGAUGGAGCGGGGGGGAUCUGGCGGCCCGGCCCCGCUCGGAGCCGGGAUGAGGCGCAGACGGUCUCAGAGAGAGCCGGGGAGUGAGUCACGGCGGAGCCCGCAAAGCGAUGCCCCUUUCCCCGCCGGUCGCCGCUUCCCGGCUUGGGCAGCGGCAUGACGGGGCGAGCUGAGGAUUUUUAGCUGGGGCCGGGGGGGGGAAGCGGGGAGCGCGGCUGUCCUGUGCGAUGAACGGCGUUGCUGUAAGGAGCCGCGGGGUGACGACGGGGCAGGUACUGAGCCUCUUGCUUUUGUUCGGCGUUUCCGACUGGGUUUCCGCCGCCAUUCGCUAUGCGAUUCCCGAGGAGGCGCAGAGAGGCUCGGCGGUGGGGAACGUGGUAGCCGACCUGGCUCUGGACCUCGGGCGGCUGCCGGAGCGCCGGUUGCGGGUGGUGUCCGGCGGCAACAAGAAGUACUUCGGGGUGGAUCUGACGAGCGGCGCUCUGCUAGUGAGCGAGCGGAUAGACCGGGAGGAGCUCUGCGGAGCGCUCUCCCCCUGCUCCCUCAGCUUUGAGAUAGUGGUGGAAAACCCGUUGGAGCUGUACAGCGGCACUGUGGAGAUCCAGGACAUCAAUGACAACGACCCGGUUUUUCCCAACAGCCAGGCGAAGUUGGAAAUCAGCGAGUCGGUGGCGGCCGGAGCGCGCUUCCCGCUAGAGAGCGCGCAAGACCCCGAUGUGGGGAUUAACUCUUUGCAGACCUACCAGCUCAGCGCCAACCCGCACUUUGCCCUCGACGUGCAGACCAGGGUGGAUGGCAGCAAGUACGCGGAGCUAGUGCUAGAGAAGGAGCUGGACAGGGAGGAGCAACAGGAGCUGCGCUUGGUCUUGACCGCGCUGGAUGGAGGCAGCCCGCCUCGGUCAGCCCAUGUGCAGAUCCACAUUGACAUCGUGGACGCCAAUGAUAACACCCCGGUCUUCAACCAGUCAAGCUACAAGGCAAGUGUGAGGGAGAACACGCCCAGUGGUACCCUGGUCGCCAGGAUCAGUGCAUAUGAUCUGGAUGAUGGGCCCAACGGAGACAUCGUCUAUUCCUUCAGCAGCCACACGCCUGCCAAGGUACGAGAACUCUUUGCUCUCAACUCAGCCACAGGGGAGUUGAGGGUCAAAGGGCAGCUGGACUACGAGGAAACGAAGCUGUACGAGAUUUACUUACAGGCUAAAGACAAGGGUGUCGUUCCUGGUGUGGCCCAUUGCAAAGUGCUGGUGGAAGUUGUGGAUGUGAAUGACAACGCUCCAGAGGUGACAGUGACUUCGGUGUACAGCCCCGUGCCUGAAGAUGCAGCCCCUGGGACAGUUGUAGCUCUGCUGAGUGUAACAGACUUGGACUCCCAUGACAACGGUCUGGUGAACUGCUUCAUUUCUCCUGGGAUCCCGUUCAUGCUCAGCUCCUCUCUCAAAAACUACUACACGUUGAAAACAAAAGGAGCCCUGGACCGGGAAAAGGAGUCGGAAUAUAACAUCACUAUCACAGCCAAGGACUCGGGGUCACCAUCUUUGUCUGCAGUAAAACAUAUCCUGGUGCAGGUGUCAGAUGUCAAUGACAAUGCACCCAAGUAUUCCCAGGAGUCCUACGAUGUGUAUGUGCUGGAGAACAAUGUGCCUGGCAUUCCCAUCCUUAAUGUGAGCGCCACAGACCCGGACCUUGGGCGCAAUGCCCAUCUCUCCUAUACUCUCUUUCAGAGUGACCCCACUGUAGGCCACCUCUUCUCCAUCAACCAGGAGAAUGGCACCCUCUACCUGCUCACUUCCCUGGACCAUGAGGACCAGGUGGAGUUCAGCAUGAUGGUGCAGGUCCAGGAUGGUGGCUCUCCACCUCUGGCCACUAAUGUUUCAGUCAGUGUGUUUGUCACUGACCUCAAUGACAAUGCUCCAACUGUGCUGUACCCUCUUCCCAACACCACUGCCACUUAUACUGAUGUGGUGGCACCAGGCACUCCUGCCGGGCACAUGGUCACCAAGGUGGUGGCAGUGGAUGCAGAUGCAGGGUACAAUGCCUGGAUCUCCUAUACCCUCUUGCAGGCCACUGACACCAGCCUCUUCUCAGUUGGGCUACACAGUGGGGAGAUCUUCACAGCCCGCCAGCUCCGGGAGGAUGAUGCUCCCCAGCACACACUAGUCAUCUUGCUGAAAGACCAUGGGGAGCCUGUGCUGUCCAGCAGUGCCACUGUCUCCAUCUCUGUGGCUGAGAUGAUCAAGGAGGUGCUCACUGAUCUCACUGACAUGACACCUGCCAACGAUCCCAGAAGGCAUGUGACUUUCUAUCUCAUCCUGGCUGUGAUUUUGGUGUCAGCAGCUUUCUUCAUCUCCAUGUUAUCAGUGGGCAUCUUCAAGUGCUACAAGUGGAGACAAUCAAAGGAGAUGUACAACACCUCCAGGAGCACUUUGUACAGGACACCAGGGCCCUUCCACCACAUUGACGCCGUGCGGGGUGGCUACACACCACCCAACUUCUACCACCAGGUCUAUCUUACCACGGACUCUCGCCAGAGUGAUCUCCUGUCUAAAAAGCCCUUCACCUCCAGCCCCCUAGGGAGCCGCCAGAGCACCAUGAGGAAUGGUGAGCCAGGGCUGUACCACCAGAUCGUGGGCACUGCCAGCCGGCUUCCCACGCCUGCUGAGCAAGCUCAGCCCAACACAGACUGGCGCUUCUCUCAGACCCAGAGACCUGGAACCAGUGGCUCCCAGAAUGGAGAGGAAGGUGGAGCCUGGCCCAACAACCAGUUUGACACGGAGAUGCUCCAAGCCAUGAUCCUGGCCUCAGCAAAUGAAGCUGCUGAUGCCAACUCGACCCUGGGCGGCGGGACGGGCACCAUGGGGCUGAGCGCCCGCUACGGCCCCCAGUUCACCCUGCAGCACGUCCCCGAUUACCGGCAGAACGUUUACAUCCCGGGCAGCACCGCCACCCUCACCAACGCCGCCGGCAAACGCGACGCCAAGGCCACCAACCCCUCCGGGGGCAACAAGAAGAAAUCCGGGAAGAAGGAGAAGAAGUAGAGAAGGAGACCUUAGAACUACAGGGCAGCCGGCUCCAGCACUCCCCACCCCCCUCCCCCAAAACCACAGCCCAGGCCGGAGGACGAAUGUCAAUUGAUUGUUUGUUGGGUUGUUUUGAAUUAUUAGUGUUAAUUUCGGUGACGCAAAAAGUAGGAAACCUGCGAAUGUAUCUUGUCAUCAUCAGAGCUAGGAGCAGGGGUCCUGCUGCUGUUAGAUCUCGUGAUGCAAACCAACCUGGGAGCUGAACUGAAAGCAAACAAGUGCCCUGUGAAUACUUGCUCAUGUUUUAUACGAUCCCUCGGGUAUUAGAAUAUGCAAGGGCAGAAGGUUUUCUGCCACCUCUUUGGAUCUGAUUUGCUUCCAGAUGGUCUGAGGAAGGCACAAGGCUUGUGCUCAGUUUUGCCCAGUGUAAAUAGUUUUAAUGUGGAUCUUUUAAUUUAUAGACCUUCAAUCAUUCUUUUGAUUUCUUUUUGGAAAGGGAAAGGCAGUUCCUAGCUUAGAGCCCAGAUCUUUGCUCUGAAACUUCCCGUUGGUAAAACCCACUUCCCCAGUUGAUUAUAGUGAUGGUUUUGUUGCUGAGAAGUUGGUAGGGAGUGCUUCAGUUCCUGCUUACCUGUUCCCCAGAAAAAAUAUAGUGUUUGUUUUGCAUGAGUCAAAGGGAAUAUGGCAAAGCUGCACCCUAAACAUUGUUUUUUUUGUCUUCUUUAAAGUACAACCACUGAUGGCCUGAAAUAAGAGAGAGAAAAGAAAAACAACCCUUGUGAUGUUUGAGGGGUAAGGAAUGCAAUGAGAAGCCUGCCGAGGUGCACGGCGGCUGCCCGGGGGGUUCUAGGGGUCUCCGAAGAGCAGACACAUCUCAUCCCUCCCUUGCAGUAAAUAUUUAUAUGUACAGUCCUUGUUCUUCUGGAAUUCAAGCUAAGAGAGUCUCGUUCCCCUGCGGCCAGGUGGCCAUCUGGCCCAGUCCCCCUACGAGGGGCAGAGGGGACAGUGUGUCCCUGCCCUGCACACCGUGUCUGCAUGUUCAGCCUUCACCCCCACCCCUGCACUCGCACAGUUGAGCCCCACGAGCAGCCCCCACAUGCCCACGCAGUGUGGGGUGAGUGCAGCCCAGCUGGGGCUGCCCAGGGUUGGGGGGGUGGGGUGGGGGGGGAAAAGUAGGGUGGGAUGGGUCACGACGGGAUUGGGAGACUCGUGGCUUCUUAGUUGGGGUCUGGACCCCAGGAAAUGGGGGUUGUUCGGGGGUCUCAGCCAACGGGCUGAGAUCCAUGGAGCUGCCAGCACGUGGAUUUGGUGCAGAGUUGGUGACUGAGGAAGUGACAGUUGGUUUGGUGGCACUUGGGGACCGAGCCUGCAGGAGGGACCCGAGAGCUGGAAAUGAGUACAGGGUGAAGCUGCAAAGCCAGUGGGAUGGGGUGACAAGGGGGGGGACAUUGUGUGGGACCACACCGGGCCAGCCCGGAGGAGGUGAUUGCUCCUUCCCACUGGCUUUGGGCUUUCUUCUGCACAGAGGGAAUCGAAGGAUGAGGAAUGGAGUUUCUCCAGGUGCCCAUCACCCUUGCACCAGAUCAGCUUCAUCAAAAGCAGUUCCAUGUCCUCCCCAGGGAGGUGUGUGUGUGGGGGGGGAGCAGGUCGUGUAGCCAGGGGGGAGUAGUGGGGAGCUGCAGGGUGGCCAGGAAGGGACCACGCCAGCUUUCCCAGGGGUUGUGUGUUGUUUUAUUCCCCUUUUUAAUCACUAACACGUAACUCACCCAAGAUCCAGCCCUCUGGGCCAUGGCAGCAGCCCCCCCCCCCACGACCCCCCCAACUCCCCAAACCCAGGGCAGCAGGAGCAGCCACCUUGUUUUCAUCCUGGAUCCAGUCACCUUCUGCACUGGCUGCGCUGGGAGGGUUCCCACCCUGUCCCCUGUCCCCUGCAGCUGCCACCUGCCCCCCUCCCACCCCUCUAGAAAUGCCGUAGCUGAAUCGUAGUCUUUAUAUUUCUUUUUAACCUGCAAUCUGAGGUAGCCUAGUUGAGUGUCGUGCAUUUAGUGGCGUGUUAUUUUUAAUCUUUGGUAACUAACUCGUGGACACCAGUAUUUUCCAUUUCCUCUCUAUCUUCUUUUCCAUGUGGUCUGUGCUCCGAGUGUACGUGAAAUGAAACCACGUUUGCCCUUUCAAUGUGUCUAAUAUUGAAUUAUACUUAUAUAUUAUAUAUAUGCUUAUAUCCUUCUUAUACCCAUAUAGACCAACGUCGAUGUGUUACACGCAAGUUUUAUACUCUAAUAUUUAUAUUGCUUUUUUUUCUUUGGGAAAAAAAAAAAAUAAUAAAACGGUUUCUUCUGAAGAAA